AGCCCUACAGGCUCACAGUCAUGUACAGUUAUUUUCAGUUAAAUUCUGUCUUGGGGCAUACCAUUGGAGAGGCAUGCAAGAUACUUUUGUGUGUAUAUAGUGUAUGUGAACACCCCUUCAAAUUAGUGUAUUCGGCUAUUUCAGCCACACCGUUGCUCACAGGUCUGUAAAAUCGAGCACACCGCCAUGCAACCUCCAUAGACAAACAUCGGCCUUACUGAAGAGCUCAGUGACUUUCAACGUAGCACUGUCAUAGGAUGCCACCUUUCCAUCAAGUCAGUUGGUCAAAUUUCUGCACUUCUAGAGCUGCCCCAGUCAACUGUAAGUGCUGUUAUUGUGAAGUGGAAACAGUUAGGAGAAACAACGGCUCAGACGCGAAGUGGGAGGCCACACAAGCUCACAGAACAUGACCACCAAGUUAUGAAGCGCGUACCGCGUAAAAGUCUGUACUCGGUUACAACACUCAAUACAACAGUUCCAAACUGCAUCUGGAAGCAACGUCAGCACAAGAACUGUUCAUUGGGAACUUCAGGUAAUGGGUUUCCAUGUCCAAGCAGCCACACAAGCCUAAGAUCACCAUGCGCAAUGCCAAGCGUCGGCUGAAGUGGUGUAAAGCUCGCCACCAUUGGACUCCGGAGCAGUGGAAACACGUCCUCUGGAGUGAUGAAUCGCACUUCACCAUCUGGCAGACCGACGGACGAAUCUGGGUUUGGCGGAUGCCAGGAGAACGCUACCUGUCCCAAAGCAUAUAGUGCCAACUGUAAAGUUUGGUGGAGGAAGAAUAAUGGUCUGCACAGAGCCCUGACCUCAACCCCAUCGAACACCUUUGGGAUGAAUUGAAAUGCUGACUAUAAGCCAGGCCUAAUCGCCUAACAUCAGUGACUGACCUCCCUAAUGCUCUUGUGGCUGAAUUGAAGCAAGUCCCUGCAGCCAUGUUCCAACAUCUAGUGGAAAGCCUUCCCAGGAGAGUGGAGUUUCACAUUGCAAUGGAGGAGUUUCACAAAGCCCUACUGGAGAAGAAGUAUGUAAUUGCGGCCAAACAGUUAGAAAAGGCCCGGCACAGUGCAGACUCUCUGAAGGCGUGGAAAGGCUCUGACCUGCCCCUGCUGAGAGCACUCAGCUCAGAGCUCACUGUCCAGAGAGAGAACCUCAUCUACCAUCUGGGGGACGAGUGGAAGAGACUGGCCGUCUGGAAACUGCCUCCUUCCAAAGAGCCGACGGAGAUGAAGUCGUUCCUGAAGACGGAGCUCCAGCUGACCCUGGGCGGGACCAAGGAGCCCCAGCAGAGCCCUCCGCCUCUGCUUUCCUGUGUCCUCCAGGCCCUGACCAUCCAGGGGGAACUACAACACAAGAUCAAACUCUUCAGCCAGGUGCUGCUGAAGUACCUGCUGAAGCCCCUAAUCACGUACCCCUCUCUGAACGUGGAGGUGUCGGAGCAGCAAGAUGAGGGCACCCUGAUAUCUCUCCAGUUUGCCGAGACCCCCGAGGAGCACCCCAGCCCCUCACAGGUCUACACCAAAGUCCUGAUGGUACUCAAGACCUUACACACACACCUGCUAGACGUAUCAGUUGGUGAGAGAAAAGUGUCUGUGAUACUCGGAGACCUGGUAUGGCAGGAUAUGUCUCAUUGCAUCAUCCAUGAGUGCCUCCUGUACUCCAUCCCAACCAAUAGCUGCCAGCUUGAACAGUACAGUGCAGUGAUCAAAGAGACGGAGGAGUUUGAGAAGUCCUUGAAGGAGAUGCAGUACCUCCGAGGAGACUCCACCGAGCUGCUCAAGUAUGCCCAGGACGUCAACUGCCACUUUGCCAGCAAGAAAUGCAAAGACGUGAUCGUGGCGGCACGCAAGCUGAUGACCUCCGAGAUGCACAACACCGUCAAAAUCACCCAAGAUUCUAAGCUUUCCGUCCCCAUGCUGCCCAACCCUGGCUCUGGAGACAUCAAGGGCAAACAGGGGGCCAAGAAGCUUGAGGCGCCCAGGUUGGAUAACGAGAAGCAGCUGGGUGCGCGGACGCUGUGCCUGCCUGUGUGUCGCAUCAGUGAGUCGGUGCAGCAGCUGAUGGAGCUGGCCUUGCACACGCUGUCCGAGGCUGUGGGAAACUCCAGCCAAUGUGCUACCCAACUGUUCUUCACAGUGCGGAAUAUAUUCCAGCUAUUCUAUGAUGUUGUGCCUACAUACCAUAAAGAGAACCUGCUCAAGUUCCCACAUCUGGCGGCCAUCCAGCACAACAACUGCAUGUACAUCGCCCACCACCUGCUCACCCUGGGCCACCAGUUCAGUCCACACCUGCCUGACCCCCUCAGUGAGGGUGCUGCCACCUUUGUGGACCUGGUGCCCGGCUUCAGGAAACUGGGCGCUCAUUGCUUCCUGGCCCAUCUGAACGUCCAGAGAGCAGAGAUGCUGGAGCGUCUCUCCACCGCACGCAACUUCUCCAACCUGGAUGACGAGGAUAACUACUCUGCAGCCAGCAAGGCCGUUAGGCAGGUCAUCCAUCAGCUAAAAAGGCUGGGCACCGUCUGGCAAGACGUUCUGCCAGUCAACAUAUACUGUAAAGCCAUGGGGAUUCUCCUCAACACUGCCAUCUCAGAGCUGAUUGCCAAAAUCAUGAUGUUGGAGGAUAUCUCCACUGAAGAUGGGGAGCACCUACAAAUCCUCUGUCAGACCAUUAUCGAGGAAGGACCCCCGGUGUUCAUUCCACUGCCUGAGGAGAACAAGAACAAGAAGUACCAGGAGGAGGUACCCGUUUACGUGAAGAAGUGGAUCACCUUCAAGGAGCUGGUCAUAGUGCUGCAAGCUAACCUGCAGGAGAUAGUCGACAGGUGGGCGGAGGGGAAAGGGCCACUGGCGCUGGAGUUCUCUAGUUCCGAUAUGAAGAGCCUAAUCCGAGCUUUGUUCCAGAACACUGAGAGGCGGGCGGUGGCUCUCACCAAAAUCAAAUAGACUCUCCUUUGCUCUCUUGCUUCCAACAAACGACCCCAAUAAGCUGUACCACUUUCCUUCACUGCUGUGGAAAACAGUGUUCAUUAAUGUCUUUGUUUAAGCUUAGUUGUGAAUUUAAAUGCAAUAUAUGCCAUUGUAUAUCAUAAAACAGGAUUUAAAAUACAA